AUGGCGCUCAACAGAAAUACGAGCAGCAGCAACCCUUUCCUGCCCGAGGACCACGCCGCCAGGCAAGCCGCGCUGAUCGAAGGAGCCGAGGGUUUUGUCACGGAGCAUUUCAAGAACCACGACCCCUCCCAUGACUGGCAGCACGUCAACCGCGUGCGCAUGAUGGCGCUCUCGUUGUCCAGGUGCUCGAGCCUGAAGAGGCAGCCGGACAUGCUUGUGCUGGAACUGGCAGCGCUGUUCCACGACCUCUGUGACUCGAAAUACAUCCCCCUCAAUGCUGACGGCAUUCGGUCCAAAGCAGUAUCAUCUUCCAAGACCGUCAUCGCCCCUUUCCUCUCCCAGUAUUCCGACGCCAUCACGCCAGAUCAGGCAGCGCACGUCUUCCGUGUCGUCGACAACGUCAGCUGGAGCAAAGACCAGGCGAAGCGACGGGCGCGCGCACAAGCACAACGCGACGGGCAGGCACCGAGCACGAUAGAGCAGGAGCAGAUCGAGUGGGAGCAGGAGAACGUCGAGUUGCAUUGCGUCAGCGAUGCCGAUCGGCUCGACGCCAUUGGCAGCUUUGGCAUUUUGCGAUGUGCCGCUUUCAGCGCUGUCAAGAACCGCACUCUACACGUCCCACCCAAGAACAAAGAGGGCACAUCGGCACCUCCAUUUGAGCAAAGUGCCGGGUAUAGUGAUACUGCCAUUGCGCAUUUUUACGACAAACUGGUCAAGAUCAAAGGUGAGAUGCUGUUCACAGAGACAGCACGCAAAGAGGCGGAGCGGCGACAGCAGAUGCUUCAGUCUUUCCUGACGGAACUAGACAUCGAAUGGCUCGUCGCCGAGCAGGGCGCGCAGCUAUCCCUCCUAGAAGCAUGA